CAAGGACCAUGCAGUGUAGGGAGGGUAUCUAGAAAUGGCCCUUGGAUGCUUUCCCCUUGGUCGAAACAGGAAGUGGUCCUGCUGUCAAACUUUCACCUUGUCUCAGGUACAUCGGGCCCUCUGUGACAACACCAGCUUCUCCUUCCCCGUAGCCAUCAAGGCUCCUGAAACGGAAGAACCACAGCAAGAAGUCGACGAGCUGUGCGGCCGCUUCCCUUCGUCGGAGCCACAUUUUACAUAUCUGCUACCCCGUGGUUCAUGUGCAUGUCCCCAUCAGCUCUCCAUCAACGACCACAUCUCCCCAAAGUCCACGUAUCACCUCCAAUCCCACUCUCUUUCUCCCAUGACAGAACUGCUCCUAAUCAUGCAGGCCACACACAUGGGCGGGCAAAUCGUCUUUUCCCAGAACAUGGGACAGCACGGUCUCUGUCGAAAGGGGUUAUUCGAAGCUAACCGCUGCAAUCCAAAAGAGGCUAAGGAUGCGAGAUCGAGCGACAGAUGGCAGGCUUGGAAUAGGGUCUCGCGGUGGUAG